GACAUUAAAUUUAUUUUCAAAACUAGACUCAGUAUUCUGCCAUCAAAUCCAUAAAAACAAAAAAAUGACAAGUUAUAAGAGGUUUCUGCUUGUGAGUCUACGUGCAAAGUAUAGGAUUUUACUUUUGCUUGGCGUGUAGAUUAGCGGUAUCAACAAUUUUUUCCCGUGACCUUGCAUUCGUGCCAUGCCUGACAUUCAAUAUAUCAUCAAAAAUAACCCUAGUAUUCUGUGAUCAGAACCAUCAAAACAAAGAAUGUCAAUUUAUAGUAGUAGGUUUGUUUUGGUGCAAGUGGAUUGGAAUUAACUCAGAAAGUUCUAUCCCCUGCUUCUUGUCUGGAAAGAACUAUAAAACCAGUAACAACCCAAAACAGCGUGCGUCCUGAUGGAAUUCCAUAUAAAUUUAAAAUUUUAUUUGCUCGAACCUCAAAUUACAAACCGCUGGUUCUACUCCAGUUCGCCUUUUGUGACGAACAAAGAACAAUAGAAAAAUCCGAAGUGCUAAUAAUUUUUAAAUAAAAAUGAAGGGGGCACUAGUAAAUGUAGUAUUGCUCAGCCGAAAAAUUUUUGUUUAUGGAAUUUGUGUAUUCCUUUCAGCAAUUAUUGUAAACUCUAAAGUCAAUAUAUUGCCAAUAGCAGGUCUACCCUUUACAUUAGUUUUUGUGACAGUAUGGUUAUUCGCAAUGUCUGCUACUUUUGUUGGGCUUCAUAAACUACUGCAAUACAAAGAACCCGUCGAUUUUGAAUGGCUCAAUAAAAUUUUCUUUGGACAUUCAUCUAAAGACAGAUUUAAGCCUAACAUAAAGGUAAAUGAAGAAAAUAUUAGGCAUCUAGUGGAAGAUAUUGAUAGAAAUUUUAUUUCCAAAUGGUAUUCUAAUAUAAGUAAAGACAUGAAUUUCAUAGAGGAAAGUAAAGUUUUCAUAGAAGAAGUUUUAACCCGAUUAAUUGAAGUUCAACUUAGGGUUAAUAACCAGUCUCUUGUUAAUACACUAUUGAACAUUUACCUGAAACAUUUAAAGGAAUUCAAGAGAAGUUUAAAACGUAAAGAAAAGUAUAAAAUGGAUAUAAAAGAAUUGUACCGGUAUUCACAUAUAUGCAGCACAGCAAACAAUAAACCACGGGAAUUCUUUUUGCAUCAGCUCACAUUGGAUCUCUUAAGACAUUUUAUAAAUUCAGAAUUGUGGAAUUCUCUCCCUUGUCAUAUUCUAGUUUCAGUGUUGGCAAGAAAAUUUACUUCAUACUUAUUACAAAUAUUUUCGAAACCAGAUGUUUUAAAUUAUUUAAUUUUAAACUCAGUUGUGUCAUGCAGUGAGAGAGAUAGUUUAAAAUUGAAUGAAUAUGGCCGUAUUUCCAUAAUUAAGUACUUUGAUGUGACUGACUCUCUUAACCAUCAAAACCUGAAUUUUGAAUAUAAAGAUGAAGGCCAUGGAAAACAAAAAGACAUUAUAAAACCUGAAGAGGUUAAGAAGGAAAUUAAACAGGAUAAAACACCAGUACAGUUAGAGAAAAACUAUGAAAUUGUUUUGAGAAGAAGAAAAGCAGUUGAAAUGCUGGAAAAGCAGGAUUAUUUGCCAAAGGAGAGCUUUGCAAAAAAAACUGAUCCUGUAAAAAUAUAUGAACCAAAGGGUAGUACCAAAACUUGGAGAGAUUCUAGAGACUUAGCUUGUGUUUCGCUGGGGCAAGAUCCUCUUGAUGCAUUGCAGCUACAAUCAGAAAGUGCAGUACCACAGAAGCACAGAUUUUGUGAAGUUGGAGUUAAAGCUGAAGAAGUUAGAUCAGACUCGGCAGCUACUGCGGCUACUACUUUAUUUAAUGAAGUUAUGCAUAUAACCUCCAUGGGGGGUUUAAAAAGUUCCAUUAAACCAAUUCUUAGUGAUGCUACUGAACGCACUUUGCACAACAUUAAAGAUCUGCAAGAAUCAACUGUACAUAAAAUUGGGGACUUUCAGGUAACUGACAAUCAAGAAUUACAUUACAUAAAGUACUUACACCAUUUACCACUACACACUCUUCUCUAUUCUUCUGUUCAGUGUUCUGUACCGCACAUCCAGUCAAAGGAUGAAGCAGCGGGCGUUGUUGAAGGCAUUUUGGAUUUUGGUCGUGCACGCUUUAAAAAGGGUUUACGUCUAACAGGUUUGCAAGACAAUAUUGAAAAUGCCAGAGCCACGUUCGCGCAAGUAACAAAAAACCCACUGACAAAAUUGACGAGAUCUGGAUCACAGGAAAAGAUGAGUUCCGCUGAAAGUGUUGAAGAAUCUGUCUGGUUAAAUCCACUGCAGCCAGACUCGCCUGUACUUGAUUGUGUCAUACAAGAGGUCAAACAAUGUAAUCCGCGAACCAGCUUAUAUAAACCGCAGAGGUCAGAAAACUUUUCUAUACCAUCAAUAUCAACUGAGCAGCCUAAAGAAAAUAACAGUCCCGAUUUGGAAUAUGAAGACACCGCUGAUUUGGCUUCAAGUAUUGCAAAAUUAAGGUCAUUAUUGCAACAAAGGUCUUCUGAAUCAAGUCUGUCCACACCAGCUGUGAGUCCUAUGCCAGAUGAAUACGCCCAAAGAGCAGUGGAGUCAGAAAAUACUUCCGAUAUAGAAGCGUCGGAAGUGGAUGGUGUAAUGCCUAGUUUUUACAAGUUUUGUACAAAAACAGCCUCAGGAGUUCUAACUAAUACCAUUAACACAAUAAAAACUGCGCUUCCGGGCAACAACAAUGGACUUAAUUCUAGCACCGAGAGGUGGAUAUUCAAAUCUGAAUUAAUUGAGUCCGGACUACUUUUAAGAAUGAAGAAACUUUUGACUGAAAGAAAAGAGUAUUGCACAUUGGACAAAGAAAUAGAUACAGCUUGUGAAGCCUUAGAUUCUGUUGACUUUUUUCAACAGAGUCCGGUUUUAUCCAGUCUUCAAUUUGAUGAUGAAUUGGAAGAUUUGGAGCUGAAAAUUCCAAUCAUAAAAACAAUCAUGGAUAUUUGGUGCGAGUUGUUAGCCAACACAACAUCGCCUUUAAUACAAGAACCUAUAGUCAAAGCUUUAUUGUUAUUGUUUGGUAGUCCCUUAGAAAAAGUUAUUGGCUUAAAAAUUGCGGCUAUGCUGGGAUUACUUGUUAGCAAUUUAAAUAGUAUUCCUGAUCAGACAAAUACAAAGACACUGUCGAUGGACUUUGAUGAGUAUAUUACUAUAUUGUCAAAUGCAUGCCCAGAUUCAGUCAAGACGAUCCUCGGAUCCGAGGUAUUGCAGAACGCGCUGAGCUUAUUUGUUUCAUCAAUACAAGAACAGGAUAUUAAUCAAGACAUCGUCCUUCAGAUUAUUGAACUAAUUUCAAUGAAACUUAUAGAAGAAAAUACACAAGUGUCUCCGCCAGUGUCUGCUUAAAACUCCACAUUUUUCGUUAUGUUGUUAUUUAAUUUGUUGAUACUAAAAACUUAUUAUGAUGUGAUGUAAAUGUUAAUAAAUUAAUUAAAGGCAACAACAGUGUCCACUAUCAAUCAAUAUUCUAAGUAGUAACUAAUAGGUGUCAAGUCCUCCGUCAAAAAUCAUUCCUCUAAAUGCAUAUUGCUACAUUAUGAAAAAAUUUUGUGUCUCGAGAUUUCCUUAGGUCAGAAAAUAGUCACCAUAACAAAAUCAACCCGCAGAAGAAUUCAUUUGUUAGAUGUUGUAAAUUCAAAAUUAAUUUGAAAUUUCUAAAUGGCGCUAACAGGCC